ACUGGUCAACUGUAUAUGGAUAACUUUUAAACGUUUUAAUACUUUAGUUUAUUAACUUUAAAUUAUUAUUUUAGAUUAUAUAGUAUAUUAUAUUAAAUUUAUUACAAACACUAAUAUAAUCCAAAAAACUAAUAUCUUUUAUGUUAAUAUUCUUUUAUUAUUAUAUUUAAAAAUAAUGAUCUCAAUAGUAUUAUUUAAUAAACAAAAACGUUUAAUGCAAAUAGUAUCUGACUGCUGUGAUCUAUAUAAAAAAUCAAAAUGUAGUGGCUUAAGCAAUUAUAAUGGUAUUUGUACUAUAACUACUUUCACUCCAACAUUUGCUUUACCACCUGGCAGUAGCAUGAAUGUUUUUGACAGAUACGCUAAACUAUUGCAAAGAGAACGUGCUGUGAAUGCUCCUGAUGUUAAAUUGUAUGAUUAUAUUAAAGAUGAAGUAGGAUACAGGUUAUCUGAUAGAAUAUUUGAUAUAAAAAGGACUUUUAAAAGAGCUCUAGAUUUUGGAUGUGGUCGUGGUCAUGUCUCCAAGAAUAUUUUAAAAGAAUCCGUAGAAGAAUUAAUUUUAACGGACAUGAGCCAAACUGCAUUAAAUCAAGCCGAAACUAAUGAAGGUAUUAAAGUUGAAAAAAAAAUUAUUGAUGAAGAAGAACUAAUAUAUAAACCAGACAGUUUAGAUCUUAUCAUAAGUUGUUUGAGCCUUCAUUGGGUCAAUGAUCUGCCUGGAUGCUUUAAAAGUAUUAAUAAUUGUUUAAAACAGGAUGGAGUUUUUAUGGCUGCAAUAUUUGGAGGAGAAACAUUAUAUGAAUUAAGAGGUUCUUUACAAUUGGCAGAAUUAGAAAGAGAAGGAGGAAUUUCACCACACAUAUCUCCUUUUACGGAAAUUAGAGAUAUUGGAACUUUAUUAACAAGAGCUAAUUUUACUAUGUUAACUAUUGAUACAGAUGAGAUAGUUAUAGGAUACCCUUCUAUGUUUGAACUCAUGUGGGAUUUGAAAGGAAUGGCAGAAAACAAUGCUGCAAGAAAUCGUAAACUUCAUUUAAAGCGUGACACUUUAAUGGCAGCUGCUGCUAUAUACAAAGAGUUAUAUGGAAAAACUAGAGAAGAUGGAACUUCAUAUAUACCUAGUACAUUUCAAAUUAUUUAUCUAUUAGGAUGGAAACCACAUCCAUCUCAACCAAAACCUCUUCAAAGAGGUACAGGUCAGGUAUCUCUUAAAGACUUACACCAACUUGAUAAAAUAAUAAAGGAUAGCACACAAGUAAAAAUAGAUGAAGAUAAAUAAAUUUGUAAAUAAAAUAUUUGUUAAUAUAAUAGCAUCUAUUUAUGUCAAUAAUGUAUAUAAAACUGUUUAACUGUUUAAAAUAUAUAUAACAGUGUAAUUAGGAAUGAUAUAUACAGAUAAUUCAUUUAAAAUAAAAAAAGAUGUCUAAAGCAUAUGUGAUAUUUUAACAAUUAUCAUUUAAAAUACAAGUAUUUUUUUCUUUCUAGAUAUUUAAUCUAUAUAAAG